AUGCGACGAGCCACUGACUUGGCGAGUCGCUCGCAGCAAUAUCAGGCCUGCUGGAGCAGCGAGCACUACGCAGAGAUGGACGAAGAGGAGCUAGCUCCGACAUUGCAGAACAUCCUCGACCAAAACUCGCUCAAGUGGAUCUUCUGUGGAGGCAAGGGAGGCGUAGGCAAGACGACGACAUCAUGCUCGCUUGCUACCCAGCUCUCGUAUUGCCGCGAAUCUGUCCUGCUCAUCUCGACUGAUCCUGCUCACAAUCUGUCCGACGCAUUCAGCCAGAAGUUCGGUAAAGAGGCGACAAAAGUCAAUGGCUAUGAGAACCUAUACGCUAUGGAGAUUGACCCCAACUCGAGCAUACAAGAGAUGAUCGAGCAGUCCGACCAGCAAGGAGGCGCGAUGGGCGGGGUCAUGCAGGAUCUCGCGUUUGCUAUACCGGGCGUAGAUGAAGCGAUGGGAUUCGCUGAGAUCAUGAAACACGUCAAGAGCAUGGAAUAUUCUGUCAUCGUCUUCGAUACCGCGCCGACCGGACACACGCUCCGGUUUCUCUCAUUUCCCUCCGUCCUCGAAAAGGCGCUCGAGAAGCUGUCGGGCCUGAGCGGUCGCUUCGGGCCCAUGAUGAACCAGAUGAGCUCGAUGAUGGGAAUGGGUGUCGACACGAACGAGAUGUUUGGCAAGCUCGAGUCGAUGCGUGCCAUCAUCACAGAGGUCAAUACGCAAUUCAAAGAUCCGGAUCUCACAACGUUCGUCUGUGUUUGUAUUUCGGAAUUUCUAUCGCUUUACGAGACAGAGCGACUCGUACAAGAGCUCACGAACUACGGCAUCGAUACCCACAACAUCGUCGUCAACCAGCUGCUCUUUCCUCUCAAAGGCUCGACAUGCGAACACUGCAAAGUGCGAUAUGCCAUGCAAGGGAAGUAUCUUCGCGAGAUCCAUGAUCUGUAUACGGAAUUCUUCCACGUCAUCAAGAUGCCGCUGCUGACAGAAGAAGUGCGAGGCGUCGAGAAGAUCAAAAGCUUCAGCAAGAUGCUGGUCGAGCCUUAUACGCCCACAGACCGCAUCACACCUGGCGAGGAACUCAAGUAGCAGUAGACCUUGUUCGCGGUUCAUUGCAUUUUACGCUAAUGUACAACAU